AUGGGGCCGUUACUGAUCCCACCCACAGCAGUGUGGAAUUCUCUUUGGGAAACAAAAAGGCUUCUUCUCUCUUUCUGUGUAACGGUGUUUAAUUAUGCUUUCUUUUGUUUUGUUUUUUUUGGACAGAGUGGAAACAGCUUCCAUGUGUUUGACCAAGGCCAAUUUGCCAAGGAGGUGCUUCCAAAGUACUUCAAACACAACAACAUGGCCAGCUUCGUCCGGCAGCUCAACAUGUAUGGCUUUCGGAAGGUUGUCCACAUCGAGCAGGGAGGGUUGGUGAAGCCAGAGAAAGACGAUACUGAAUUCCAGCAUCCGUACUUCAUCCGAGGCCAGGAACGGCUCCUGGAGAACAUCAAGAGGAAAGUCACCAGCGUGUCCAGUAUAAAGAACGAGGAUAUAAAAGUUCGGCAAGACAAUGUCACCAAGCUGCUGACGGACAUCCAGGUGAUGAAGGGCAAGCAGGAGAGCAUGGACUCGAAGCUGAUCGCCAUGAAGCACGAGAAUGAGGCGCUAUGGAGGGAAGUAGCCAGCUUGAGGCAGAAGCACGCUCAGCAGCAGAAAGUCGUCAAUAAGCUUAUCCAGUUUUUGAUCUCCUUGGUGCAAUCCAACCGUAUUCUCGGGGUAAAGAGGAAGAUCCCCCUGAUGUUGAACGACAGCAGUUCAGCACAUUCCAUGCCGAAAUACAGUCGCCAGUACUCCUUGGAGCACGUCCACGGCUCAUCCCCGUACACAGCUUCUUCCCCAGCAUAUAGCAGCUCCAACCUGUAUUCCCCGGAUUCUUCAGCCAACUCUGGUCCCAUUAUCUCCGACGUGACCGAGCUCGCCCAGUCCAGCCCGUCAGCAUCUCCCAGCGGCAGUCUUGAUGAAAGGAGUAGCCCUGUGGUCCGGAUCAAAGAAGAACCCCCCAGUCCCACCCGCAGCCCCCAGAUCGAGGAGGCCAGCCCGGGGAACCCUCCUGCUGUCGAAACUCUUCUGUCUCCCUCCACAUUCAUCGACUCCAUCCUGCAGGAGAACGAACCCAGCACCACGACCGCUGCAGCUGGCGACAGCAGCACCCCGCAGCCUCAGCCCCAGGAAAAGUGCCUCAGCGUCGCCUGCCUCGACAAGAAUGAACUCAACGACCACCUGGACACCAUCGAUUCCAACCUGGACAAUCUGCAGACGAUGCUGACCACCCACGGCUUC